AUGACAUUACGGCAUCAAUUGCAUAUUGUACCAAGGAAGAAACACGUGUCGGUACGCCCGUGGAAGACGGACAAAAACCGGAAUGCGCACGACCGGUGGCAACAAUUAAGUAUCGCGACGCUCUGGGAGGAAGAACCGGAAUGGAUGCUCAAACACCACUCCGCAGUCAGUGCAUACCAUAAACAAUUUAAAAAAGUCACAUUCGUACGCCCCAAACCCCAGGUGAUAGUACUAUGGGGACCCCCAGGUACGGGAAAAUCACAUACAGCAAGAUCCAUCUGCGACAAUUACUAUGUCAAACCCACCGGAAACUGGUGGGACGGCUACUUCGGUCAAGACCUAGUGAUAUUCGACGAUUUCUAUGGUACUGAAAAGUACUGUGACAUGCUCAGAUGGUUAAGUGAAAACCCAAUCAAAGUGAAAACCUUUGGUUGGCUCACCACCUGUGGACGUCGUCCCGUCCGUGGAGAUGGUCCCACUUGUGGAUGUCGGCAUCCCACCGGUGGGUGUCGUUGCGCCAGUUGA